AUGGCUAUUGUAAAUCCCUUGAGACCACGUAUGGGAAAGAAGGCGACGCUGUGCGUUGCAGUCGUUAUUUGGAUCGUCGGGGCUAUACUUUCUUUACCGAUGCUGCUUUUCUACACCACUUACACCCAGAAUUUCAUGAACGGCGAGGUUCGCAUCGUCUGUUAUAGCGAUUGGCCGAACAGGGACGACAACGGACUCAGUUACGACGAAUAUUUGUAUAACGUUGUCUUCAUGAUACUGACGUACUUUCUACCAAUCGGAUCCAUGACAUUCACGUACGCCAGGGUCGGUCUGGAAUUGUGGGGCUCGCAAAGCAUCGGCGAAGCCACAGCCAGACAGCUCGAGAACAUUCGAAGCAAACGGAGGGUCGUAAAAAUGAUGAUAGUCGUAGUAGUGAUAUUCGCGGUGUGUUGGCUUCCGUUUCAUGUGUACUUCAUUGUGACGUCCUAUUUGCCAGAGAUUACAAAUGAACCGUACAUCCAAGAAGUUUUUCUGGGCAUUUAUUGGUUAGCGAUGUCCAACAGCAUGUACAACCCGAUAAUUUAUUGUUGGAUGAAUACCAGAUUUCGCCGUGGCUUCGCCCAGUUCUUUUUCUGGUGUCCAUGGGUACGAGUGACAUCGGAACCGUCCCUAUCGCGUUCGGAGGCCGUGACAUCCCGCUAUAGCUGUACCGGUAGCCCGGACAUGCACACCAGGAUAUCAAGGAACGGCACGGUGCGAAUACCGCUGCAUCUGCAAUCAAUGAGAGGCGGAAACGACCGGCUGUUGGCUCAUCAUCGAGGUCACGGUAGAAAGUGGAGGACUUCGCAGUCCAGAGGACACGUGUCCUGACAGGACGAGGAAAACCCUCAGCAACAACGAGUACAUACCUGGAUAUAAGAAACUUAUUUAUUCCUUGCUUCUUCCUUUCUGUCUGCGUGAUCGGCUGAAUCGCGGCUACGCUUAAUCACAUCUCGGAAGAAGGGAAGACAUUUCUUGCCGCUGUUAGAUAGUCACUCUGUAACAUACCAAAAGACACAAUUAUUUUAUUUCGAAAACUUUAGUCGAGUUUUACUCUAUCACUAAACGUAAUUGUGAUGAUAUCUGUGUUAUUAUUGUAUUAUACAUAAUGUGUAAUUCAAAAACUGUAAUUCUGUUGUUCUCAUUGAAUUAUAUCUCUUUACUGAUAACGUAUCAUUCAUAGUCAGGUAAAAAGAUGGACGGACCAAUAUUCCAUACACAUUGAUACACACUGUUUUUCAAAAACGGAGACAUACAAUUCGCGAAUAAUUGGUGUUAGGAGAGUGUAUAUAAUGUUUAAAUAAAAAAAAUAAUGAUUCAUAAUGUAUAACAUACAUCGCGCGUGCACGCGCGCGUAUAUAAUUGUCGUGUUCCUAUGUGUUAAUUCUUCCGGGAAAAAAUGAAGAAAUUCAAAAUAAUGCUCGGUAUAAGAUUUGGUCUUGUUGUAAAAUAAGACACUUCUCUUCAAUCAAUAAGCAUAAGAAUAAAAAUAUAAAAUUCACACAUAUAUUUUACACUAACAAUAAGUAAAAAAUCAAAUGUGGAACUUUUAUUUAAGUUUAUAUAAUGUAUCUUCACAACCAACUGCAAUGAAUUACAAGCUUCUCAUUAAUAAAUCAAACGUUGUAAAUUCUGUGUGAAUAUGCACACUAAAUAAAUGUGGUUGUGAACACGUAGAUAAUCUGUAGGUAAUCAGCAAAACUCUUCUCACACAGUAUUACUUUUUAUUUGCAAAAGUCUAAAUUUUAAUCACUUCGCUUAUUCAUGAAAUAAACUUGGAAAUAACACACAUUUUUCUAUUUAGACAUAUUGAUAUCAUAAAGCCGGUCUAAAGUUUUUAAUAAAGUUUGAGAUAUCC